AUGGACGACUCGAGGGUGGGAGUGCAGCGGAAAUCCGGCCUCGCCCUACACGGCCGCAGCAUCAGCGCGAAGGAAUCGAGCCGCGUGCUGCACGCAGGAGUCCACGCGUCCGAAACCCUCAACAAAAAUGUCGCCGUCUUCACUCACAACCACGCGUACAGCCACUACCCGCCAACGGACGAACCAAACCUAGCCUCGGUCGACUUCCGAGCCUGGCUCGCGGACCAGGUCAAGUUCAGCCGGAACCUCGUCAUCCCGCAAGUUCCGGAGAAGCCGAGCUUCCUCGAGACGUUCGCGCCGUUCCGGCUGUUGGGGCGCGUGGGGAGCAAGAAGGCGCAGUGCACUGUAGCGAUGCACGUGCACGGGGUGGAUAAUUUCCCGAAAGACAUGGAGGGGAAGGAGCUCGUCGUGCAAUGGCUGCGGCGCGGCAUGUCCGUCGGCACGAGCCCCAUGGUGGUGCACCGCGGCGUCGCGCGCUUCGAGCAGACGCUCACGAUGUCCUGCACGAUGUUCUUCAACGCCGGAGCGCAGGGCACGGUGAAGUUUAAACGGAAAGCGUCGACGCUCUGCGUGCAGAUGCUCAAGACCUCCGGGAUUGGCUACGUCGCGGAGCUUGGGCGGCAUUCCGUGGAUCUAGCGAAGCUGCUCCCCGCGUCGCUGCACGAGAAGGAGGGGCAGCCCGUGACGCUGAGCUUUCAGCUCGCGGGAUUGGCGGAGGGGGCCGUCAUGGUCGCGACGUUCGGGUAUGAGUUACAACUCGGCCGCGGCGUUAAUUUCCUCGCGCGGGUUGACACCAAGUCGUUCCGCCUGUACGCCGCGACGGCGAUCGCGGCGGCGGCGGCGGCGGUGUCGCCGUCCAGCAGUCCCCCGGGGAGCCCGCAGGCGAGUCCGCGCGGCGGAAGCGAGAAGGACGAAGCUUCGCCGAAGCAGAAGAAGAAGCUGUCGUUCUCCCUGUACCAAGCGCCGGCGGAUCGCUCUGCUGCGCCGCAGAGCGCGCGGACCCAGAGGGACGCCCGCGGAACCCGCACGGGCCCGCUGAUGCGCAUGAUGUCGGGCGGAAGCGCGAUGCGGACGGUGGUGGAGGAGGAGGAAGAGGAGGAGGAGAAGGAGAAAGUUGCGGCGAAGGAUACGCGCGCGGAGGGCAAGGGCGGGGCGAGCGGAGGGGGAGGCGGAGGGGGCACGGCGGAGAAGGAGGCGGAGGGGGAGGGGGAGGCGGUGGACUUGGCGGAUGUUUUGGCGGAAGGGGAGGGGCUUAACGACGAAGAGGAGGAGGAAGAGGGAGAGGAAGACGAGGAAGAAGAAGAGAGUGAUGAUGAGGAGGACGAUGAGGAUGACGAUGAAGAGGAUGAAGACGAGGAUGAGGAGGACGAAGAGGAAGAGGAGGAGGAGGAGGGCGGCAGAGUGGAGGUGAAGAAGGUGAUGGGAGGUUAUGCGGUGCAGAGGGAUUCGGGGGAGGAGCGCACGGUGCGGGUGGACCCAGGCACGGCCACCACCAGCGUCGCCACCACCACCACCUCGACGACGACCACCACCAGUGGCCGCGACGCGUCGCUGGACUCGGCGAGUUCGGCGGGCGAGGGCGGGCGAUCGCGCAUGGCGCAGGCGAUGCUGGAGUUCGAGUGGACGCUGCAGGCGGAGCGGAGCGCGGAGGUGGCGGAACGGAAGGGGGAAGAAUCCGGGAAAGGGCUGACUGGCGGCGAUUACGGUUACUCGCCGGGGCGCGAGUGGGCGGACGGGGAUAUGAAAGUAGCGGAAAAUGCGGCGGGGAAUGCGGCGGGUCUGGAGGAGGAGAUGGAUCUGGUAUCCGACGAGUUUCUCGAGCUGCUCAUGCAGUCCGGCGCGCUCGACGGCGCGCCGGGGAGUCUUGACGGGUUUGGCGGCGGAGAGGACGGGGAAGGGGAGGAGGGGGAGGAUGGGCGGGAGGGGGGGCUGCUGGGCGUGGCGGAAGGGCUGCUGAGCCCCGCGCGCCAGGCGUCGAGCCGCGUGGGCAGCAAUAGUGUUGGCGCGAGCGAGCCCGAGUGGAUGGAGAGGAGUGGAGAGGUGUCUUCACAUGCAGACGAGGAUGAGGAGGAGGAGGAAGAAGAGGAGGAAGAGGAGGACGAGGAGGAGGAGGUGGGUGAAGGCAUGAUGGCGUGCAAUGGUGUAGGGCGGGAGGCAGGGCAGGGGGAGGAUGUGGGGGAAGGGGAAGGGGAGGGCGAGGACGACCUGUCGUGCAUGCUGCGGGAGGCGGAGGAGGAGCAGCAGCGCGCGGAGAUAGAGGAGAAGAGCCGCCGCAAGGCGCGCCUGCUCGACUCGGAGGAGGAGGCCGCGCUCAUGCUGCGCUUCCGCGGCCACGCGCCCGCCGCCGCCGCCGCCGCUGCGGCUCCCGUAGCUGCUGCCGUCGCCCUGCCUGCCGCACCUGCUUCGGAACCCGCUGCUGCUGCUGCUGCUGCGGCAGGUGUGCAGUCCGCAGCGUUGGUGGUGGCGGGGAGGGGCAGGGGCGCGCCCCCUGCUGCCGCCGCUGUUACCGCUUCCGCGGCUCUUGCUGCCCCUGCGCGCAAGCGCUGGUCCACCGCGGGCCCGCUCGCCGUCGCUGGCAGCGGCGCGGGGAACGGCGCCGGGAGGGGUGCGGGGAGGGGCGCGGGCGCUAGUAGUGCGCUUGUGCCGAGAGUAGGCGGUCGGGGGGCGGCGGGCGGGGGAGCGGGCGGAGGCAGGGGGAGGGGGGGAAGGCUGACGGUGCAGGAGAGAGUGCGGCUGAUGGAGGAGGAGCGCGCGGCGGGGAAGGAAGGGCGCGGGGGGAAGGGGUGGGAGGGGGAAGAGGAGGAGGCGGAAGCGGAAGCGAGGAGAAGCGCGAGCGCGGAGGCUUCCGGAACGUCGACUGCGCUCGUGCCAGCUGGCAGGGGCUCGGCGCGGAAGCUGUCCACGUCAGCGGAGGUGGAGGAGGUGACAACUGGCAUCCCGCGGGCGCUCGUGCGGGGGGCGGCGGGGCCUCUGGGCGGCAGCGGGAGAAGCGGCGGAACGAUUGAGAUUAAGAUGAGCGGGGAAAGCGGUAUUGGGCGCGGAAGCAGGAUUGGAGCAGGGGAAGGGGUGGGGCGAGGGGCGAGAGGUGCGCUGACCUCCCCCGCUGAUGCAGCAGCAGCAGAAGCGGCGGCAGCAGCAGAAGCAGCAGCGUGCACAGCGAUGGUGCCUGUGGCGGGGCCUGGCGGACUGGUGUCGGCGGGCGCAGCAGCAGGCGCAGGGAAGAAGGGGGCCGGCCGCGGAUCCUCUGGCGGAGACGCGGAAGGCGCGGGGGCGAUAAUGCCCGUGGCGGGGCCUGGCGGGCUGGUAACAGCAGGCGGGGGAAGAGGCGGGGAGGGAGGAGGCGCAGGAGGCGCGCCAAGCGCAAUGACGCUGGCGGCGAUUCAGCAGGGCGCGCUGGCGCCAGGCGCGGGGUUCGGGGGAAUGCACAUGCCCUCGCGUGGGCCUUUCACGACUGUGAACACGGGCAGCAGCGGCGGCAUCAACAGCAUCAGCACGCGCAGCAGCGUGGGGGGUGUCACCGCCACCACCACCACCACAUUCUCCCCCUCCUUCCCCGCAUCCCCCUUCCCCCCAUCCCCCUUCCCCGGUUCCGCCUUCUCCCCCGGCUCCUUCGACCUCCCCCCGCUGAAGAGCCUCAACAGCGUGCUCGCGCCCACGUGCGCCGCGACGGGGCUGGCUUCCGCCAGCGCGGCGCUGUACGGCGGGGCGGGCGGGCUGGCGCAGCUCGGCGCGCUGAGGGGCGCGGACCCCAUGGUGCUGGCCGUUCCGCCCAGCAUGGCGCCCCCCGAGCUGGUGCAGGGCAUGGGGUCCGCGAUCGCGCUGCCUGGGGGCGGGUUCCUGACGUCCAUGUCGGGCCGGCAUUUUACUGAAGGCGCCAGUCGGCUGGUCAUGCAGCGGGGGAGGGGCGCGGACCCGCAGCUCGGCGCGCUGAAGGGCGCGGACCCCAUGGUGCUGGCGGUUCCGCCCACCAUGGCCCCCCCCGAGCUGGUGCAGGGCAUGGGGUCCGUGAUCGCGCUGCCUGGGGGCGGAUUUCUGACUUCCAUGUUGGUGCGACUUUUGAGAAUUCUCAAACGUCACUUCCAUGUAGGAAGGGGGGGACACUUCUCAGAAGGGGCGAGCCGGCUGGUCAUGCAGAGGGCAGCGGUGGUACCCAAGCAGAUGGGCAUAGAGGGCAUUGACAUCAUUCAAAGCAUGGUGGCAGGUGCACAUUCUCAUGCCCUCUCUCCCCCCACUACCUGCCCCCCUGCCCCUCCCCACUUUCCUCACCCUCCCGUCUUCCCCUCCCAGUUCUCCCGGGCAGUGGUGGUACCCAAGGAGAUGGGCAUAGAAGGCGCGGACAUCAUACAGAGCAUGGCGGCGUUGGGAAUAGACGCACUGUCGCAGCAGGCGCACAUGCUCAUGCCCUUACCAGACGUCAGUGGCAAGGCGCUAGAGCAGAUGGCGGCAGAGGGAUUGCUGUUCCUGGAUGGGGCGGGGGGAGGGGGAUACGAGGAGCAUCUGAGGAGGCUCGGCGCGCCUCAGAGUUUCUCACUCGUUUCAGUGGGCAUGAGUGGUGCUUGCAUGAAGCGAGUGCCAUCACAUGCUACUUAUCCUCCUUCUCUCCCCACUCCCCCUCCCUUCCUGAAUCCUUUUUCAACACUUCCCUUCCUUUUCCCCUGCUUCGUCAACCCUGCCUCUUUUCCCGGUUACAGGAGGGCACUUGGUGCAGCAGCAGCAGCAGCAUUGGGGGGAGGAGAAGGCUAUCUGGCCCUGGAGGGGCGUGCAGGAGGAAAUUACUUGGCUUUGGAAGGAGCAGCAGCAGGGAUGCAAGGCGGGCAGCUGGUGCAUGUAGGUGCGGGACAGCUGGCAACAGUGGGAGGAGGCUCGGCAGGAGCCUUGGCAUUAGGUAUGGGCGGCGGCUUGACGCCCGAAGCUAUGGCGGCGGUGGCUCGGCAGUCCGCCUUGGCUGGCACUCUGGUUCGGCUGCGGCGCCGAGGCAGGAUGAUAGCCGUGGCAAAGCAGAGGAUUAUGCAGAAGCAACUUCUGCUGGAGCAGGGCGGAGGGGGAGGGGAGGGGGAAGCAGGGGAGAGCGCAACUGGGGGAGGCGGAGCCAAGGAGGGGCGGCUGGCGCUGCUAAGGCGGACGGCUGGGGAGCUGGCUGGUGUUGGUGGGAAGGGAGGGAAGGGAGGGGACGGAUUGAACGGAGACAGAAGGUUGCUUGCAGGGGAUUUGUUUACAGAGGAUAUGGACGAGGAUUUGAAGAGGGAGCUUAUGCUUAUGGAGGAGGAGGGGUGGGAGGAUGGCGAGGACGAAUAUGUGCCGUUGGAUGAGCUGGGCGCGCUGGCGAUGGAGCAGAUCGAACGGAUGGCGUUGGAGGGGCUUAGAGUGCAGAACGACGCUUCUGAUGUGCUGGCGCCGUAUGCGAUUGAUCUGGGGAAGGAGGGUGGGGGAGGGGGUGCGUUGGGGAUGGGUGGGUAUGGCGCGUUGGGGAUGGGAGGGGGAGCGGGGAGGGGAGGGAUGGGGGAGUUGAUGUAUGGUGGGGGAGCGGGGAUGCUGACAAAUGGGGGGUAUGGAGGGGCGGAGAUGGGUGCGGGAGGGGACGAGUGGGCGAUGGUGGUGGCGGGAGGAAACGGAUCGAUGGGGCUGGCUGUAUCAUUAGACGAGUGGCAGCGGCUGGAUGCGGGGAUAUUCGAGGACUUUGAGACAGAGGAUGACACUCUAGCUGUGCUGCAGGCGCACUGUGCGGCGCAUGGCGCGGGGGAGAUGGUUCUGCAUGAUAUUGCGCGGUUGAGGACGGAUCUGGCGGCCGUGAGAGGAGGGGUGGGUGGAGGGAUGGGAGCGGGCCGGGGGCUGGCGGCGUGGGGAGGUGCGGGAGGGAUGGGGAUGAUGGGGGGUGGGGGGAUGGGGAUGAUGGGUAUGGGAGGGAUGGGGGGUAUGGUGGGUGGGGUUGGAGGAGGGGGAGAUGGGGGGCUGAUGGGGGAUAAGGUGACAGUGGCGAUGCUGGUGCAGCUGAGGGACCCUCUCAGGAAUUUCGAGCCUGUGGGUGCGCCCAUGAUGGCCCUGCUGCAGGCGGAACGAGCCCCCCCUGCUGCUGCUGAUGAUGAUGAGAAGAGCAGAGGUAAUGGUGUAGCAUCGCUGGAGGGAGGUGCUAAGGCGUUGCCAGGAGGUGCAGGAGUGAGGAGGAUAGCGUACAAUCUGCACACGGGCACGGCUGUGCGGCCCUCUGGAGGGCCUCUGACAGUGCGGAACGGAGCGAGCAAUCGGCGGAGGGAUGGGGAUCCGAUUGUGGAGGAGGUGGAUGAUGAGGAGCAGCCGGGGGGGAAAGGCGGCGUGGAGAAAGCACGGUUCAAACUGACAGGCGUGCACAUGAUGGGGCUGAAAUCCGAAGAGGCGGCAAAGAGGGGAUGGGGGAAUCAGAAGCAGGGGCAGGCAGGGUCGAGGUGGCUAGCAGCCAAUGGCAUGGCGAAGAAGGGAGCAGCUAAGCCGAAGAGGUCUACGGGGCCAGUCAAGCCUGCCAAGGUGACUGUACAGUCGGGUGACACUCUGUGGAGCUUGUCACAGAAGGUGCAUGGCAGCGGCACAAAGUGGAAGGAUGUGGUGAAGCUGAACCCACACAUUCGAAAUCCGGACCUCAUUCUCCCGAACCAGCAUGUUCGGAUGCGCUGA